ACAGGCUGCACAGAGAGCUAGAAACUUUUGUUUUAAUCAUUCAGUGAUGGAGCCUCGAGUGGUCAAUAAGUUUCGACUCGUCCGGAAGAUCGGCAGUGGAUCCUUCGGAGAGAUUUAUCUGGGUACUAAUAUUCAGACGAACGAGGUGGUCGCAAUUAAGUUGGAAAACGUGAAGACAAAGCAUCCUCAAUUGCUGUAUGAAUCAAAAUUAUAUAAGAUGCUACAGGGAGGAAGUACUUUUUGCUUGGAAAGGAUUCUAAGAAGCAAAGGAUUAGUAUUUUCAAUAAUCUGAUUGUUUUCCUGAUUCAAUUAAUUUUGCGUCAUACUGUCUCAAUCUUUGCAGCUGGAAUUGCAAAUGUUAAAUGGUUUGAAGUAUAGAGAUACCACAACAGCAUAUUCCUUAUAGGUCAAUCUUUUGGAAUAAUUGAUCGUUGUCCACAGAUGUAAUGGUAAUUUUAUUAUUAUUGUUUCGUUGUCCUUUUUCUCUAAUCUUCUCUUGCUACCUCUAUAGCUUCUAGAUUAAGUGUUUCUUAUAUAUUUUGAUCUUUCUCUUAAAUCUGUCACACCCUUGAUGUUUUAAUUACAGGGAAAAUAAGAAUUUAACAGGAACUGCAAGAUAUGGAAGCAUGAAUGCUCACCUUGGUAUUGGAGCAUGGUUUUCAGGGGUGACUCAAAGGAAAAAAUUGAUCUCACAGUUAUUACAUAAGUAACUGGCACCAUUAACUAUUUUAGAGACAGAAUUUUAAUAAAUUUUUGGUGGACCU